UGAAGACCUGGACGCGACGACGACGCGGUGCUCAGCGCAUGGACUUGGCGGCAUCGCCAUGCUACGUAGACGAAUGCCGAAGCCAACGUGCACCACAAGCAGCGAUGGAAAGCGCGUUAUCGAAGGAAUGGAUGGACCGAGGGCAUUUUCAACUCACACUGCAUGUGUUUUCAUCGUUGACCGCAACAUGCUCUGGCGCAUGAGGCGACGUACGUCCUCUCCUGCGAGUCAGCACGUGGGUAUACCUUGCAAGCCUACGGUCCUCUGCACUUGCGCACGGACAAGGCGAUUUGUGUGCCCCCGCGAUGUCCACGUGGUGUGGUUCACCCAAAGCGCUGCCGUAGAACCCGGCAAUAUACAAUACGCAUGAUUCACAUUUAAUAAGGACAAUCAGAACAUGAAGGGCAUAUCAAAUCAACGAGCGAUGCCGAUGGGGUGGCCCUGCUCGGCGCACGACCUUGUGAAUCCUGAACAGGAACUGCUGUCCCGGUCGUGUAGUAGCUCACUGUCUUGAAACGGGAUGAGGCGCUUCAUGUGGCGUGCGUAAGGCUUCCAGUUCUUUGCAAGCCCUUCCUUGACCUGGGGCUGGAGCAGGUGAAAGAACGCGUCAAACUCUUCCCGACUCAAUGUCGACCUCAUCCACGCCAUGAGCAUUGCCAUGUACACGCCAUGGUGGUCGUCUGUGAGGGGCCUUAUCUGUGUUCCGAGCCGCCCAAAGAGCAUGCUGAAUGCGACGUUCUCCAGGGUUUCCGUGGAAGCCGCGGAGUUGACGUCGCCGACUACCCGCUCUUCGUCCCGCAACAAUGUCUCCACUUCGUCGAGGCACUGGAGCAACUUUGCACCGUACACUGCCACGUCAUGCUGUCUGGAGAGCUGGCGCGCACUGUCGUAGAUCGAUCGCACACGGUCAUAGGUGGUUGUGACAUCAGCUGCGUGGCUGCUCAGCUGAGCUUUCUCGGCCAGCAACUCAUGUUUCAACCCAUCGCAAGUUCGCACGGCACCAAGAAACUCAGUGACCCACGUUGCAAACUCGAGCCGCUGGGAUCUCGUGGCGAUGGUGGCAAACCAACCACCGGGAGCUAGGAUCCGCUUGGCGACCGCAAUGUCGGCGUAGAUGGGGGCGUUCAGCACACCAAACGAACGAUGAGCCCACGAGAGCGUGAGGUUUGUGGAGCCCCAGCCGAGAGGGAGAGGCGGAGUUGCGUUUUGUUGCUGGGUGUGAAAGCAAUGCAGCAACGACUGGAUGAAGCUACAGGACACCUUCUUGUGGGACAAAUCACGCGAGUGUAGCCACGCCAGUGUGUGCUGCAUGCUAGGGACCGUGACAGGGUGCGAGGUCUGGGCGAGGACGGACGUCUUUUUGGUAGCAUCGGUGGCGGUGGGCUUGUGCAGUGGAGGGAUUCCAACAAGUUUGUCCAGCAAUUUCUGAGGCCGCGUUGCUGUGCCUGCUGGGAGCGACGUGUCCGAAACGGGGAUGACGCUCGUUGUGGCAGGGCUCAUAUCUGUGGGCGAAAUGGCACUUGGAAGCAGAUUGGGUUGUGUGGGAGCGCGCGACCAACCGCGAACAACACGAUCUCUCUCUCUCUCAUGAUACGGACUUCCCGCGGACCAGAGUGUGCAGUUUCGCUG